AUGCUGCCAGUGAGUGUUACUAACACCAACAUGCUGCCAGUGAGUGUUACUAAUGCCAAUUUGCUGCCAGUGAGUGUUACUAAUGCCAAUUUGCUGCCAGUAAGUGUCACUAAUGCCAACUUGCUGCCAGUGAAUGUUACUAACGCCAACAUGCUGCCAGUGAGUGUUACUAAUGCCAACAUGCUGCCAGUGAGUGUUACUAACGCCAACUUGCUGCCAGUGAGUGUUACUAAUGCCAAUUUGCUGCCAGUGAGUGUUACUAAUGCCAACAUGCUGCCAGUGAAUGUUACUAAGACCAGUAUGCUGCCAGUAAGUGUUACUAACGCCAACAUGCUGCAAGUGAGUGUUACUAAAGCCAACAUGCUGCCAGUAAGUGUUACUAAUGCCAACUUACUGCCAGUGAAUGUUACUAACACCAGUAUGCUGCCAGUAAGUGUUACUAAAGCCAACAUGCUGCCAGUGAAUGUUACUAACGCCAAUAUGCUGCCAGUGAGUGUUACUAAUGCCAACUUCCUGCCAGUGAGUGUUACUAAUGCCAACAUGCUGCCAGUGAGUAUUACUAAUGCCAACAUGCUGCCAGUGAGUGUUACUAAUGCCAACAUGCUGCCAGUGAGUGUUACUAAUGCCAAUAUGUUGUAA